AUGUCGUCCAACCGCCACUAUGUCCAAGUCUUCACAGACGUCCCAGCAAAUCUCCCUCGACUGCUCGAGGCCAGGCUUCCCCAAUGCAUCACACUUCUCCGUCGUCUACAUUUCACGACCUUCCCUACAGGUAAGACGGACUCUGUGCGAAUCAUUGUCGCAUCAGACGUGCCUCUCCAAGAACGAAGCGCCAGCAACACGAUUCGACACUUCACAGCCACCUACUUAGAUCCCUCCCUUGGUCUCGAGACUAACAUGUGGCUCUAUUCGACUUUCGAGGACUCUUAUGGCGCAAUACCAGCCUCUCCUAGUCUGUCUCCCGACGAAGACGCCCUCUGCCGGCUGCAGAUUAUAGCUGUACUCAACGAGGCCAGGCACCAGGCAAGGGUCUAUCCUAUUCAACCUCUCGCGCACUCUGACCACAUCUUCAUCGGCUCGCUCAACAACGCUGUGCGCGAAGGAGCUCUGGCCAGCGGGUUGCGCUUCGGUCCGACUCCCACGUACGAGUAUGGCAAGUUCAUCUUCCGCAUCGACGAGCUCCCGCUUCCUCAUGAGCUUGAGCUACCAUCGGAUAUGGUUUGGGGGUCAGGCACGGUUCGGGACUGCGAGCCGGUAAAGGCUCGGACAAGCAUGCCACGCAGCGUGAAGAUCCUGUUGACACUGCCAAGCCUGUUUAUCAAGCUGAAGGACGGUACGCCUGUGGCUCGGGCGUUCUUGGCUGUGGAUGGCUCAUUAUGUAGCGUCCACUGCGAGGAGCCCUUCCGCCGUAGAGGGCUUGCAAAGGCGGUAAGCUCUGAGCUCCUCCGCACUAAGACGAGGGCAUUCAGCGGCGAUAACUUUGCCGCAGCAGAUGUGGCGCCGGAUGAUGCUAGUAGCCAGGCUAUGUGGCCCUUUUAG